AUGAGAGUGCAGAGGAAGAAGGUAUUCUGAGUAAAAACGUCCGCACCCCAUGAGAGGCAUUUUCUAGGCGUGCUUUGGAAUUUGUGAUGCUAUAAUCAGCAUGACAAGCUAGAUCUGUGAUGCUGCUGAACUACCUAAACAGGAUUACACUACGCGGCCAAACUUGUCAUGCGAAACAACCAAAGCUGGCUGAUUUGUCUAGCAGAUUUCCCAUCUUGACUCUGGUGUGGGGACGUUUUUACUCAGGAUACAGGAGCACGACGAUUCUUCUCAGGACGAAGAUUCUUCUCAGAAAAGCGACGGCUUUUCUGAGGCCGCGGACAGGAGCAGGUAUAAUACUGCUAUAUCAUGAAGCUGCACGACAAGCAGAUGCGCUUUCAUGAUGCGUUUUAUUUGUUACAACCCGUACUAGAAGCAGAAGCUGCAGGGAGUUUUAGAGUCUGCUCUUUCCAUCAUUUCUUCUAGUACACUUCACGAUGAACUACACGAGGUUGUACAAAGAUGUAAGUGCCUACUUUUGAUUACAUGCAAAUCCAAAAAUUGAAAAAUUUCACCCGCAAUUAGAAAAUAGAAUACAGUAAUACAGUACAACAUUUAUCAAAAUCGUCGAAAACAGUGCCGUCGACCAAGAGGACGACCGAGAGGAGGACCAAGAGGACGUCGACCAAGAUCAUGACGAGCAAAAAAACGCUGGGGGCGAGAACGAGAAGAACUAUCAGCAAAAAUCUGAUGGCGCAGCGUCGAUAUCGAGCGAGCGGGGAAGUUUAGAAAAAUUUUCUGGGGACGAGGAGGAGGAGAAACACAGCAGCUCCUGCAACCAGGUGCAUGAUGAGCACUCGCGCUCGCACUCGGACGACGGGCAGAGAGCUGCCCCCGCAACUACACCUACUUCGGUGGAAAAGAAGGAACAAGCCGAAGAUGUUGCUCGUGUUUUUGAAGAGGACGAGGAGAUGGAACGCGAACAUUCACAUGAAGAUCAUGCAGUGGGACGACGACGACGACGACCCCAAGAAGAUGAAGAUGCUGUAGUAGACGGUUCGUCUGUUCUUGAAGAACACGAACAACAGGAGGAACUACGCGAGCAUUUGCAGGAUGCCGAACUAGUACAAGCAGAUGUCCUCGUAAGCGGUUCUGGAGAGGAGCAGGAGCUCGAAUUCCUGCAAGAGAACUACUACGACCCAUCCUCGUCGGGGGAAACCAAGAAAAAACGGAAGAAAAAGAAGAAGAAAACCACGACCACCGAUGAGAUUGAUGAAAAGGACCACCAGGAGGUCCACCGUGAUCUGCCUUUGGAGGACGAGCGGGCGGUGUUGGGGACGUAUAGAAAAUGCUGAUUGAUUGAGUAGAUGAACUACGCCUUUGGUGCCCCCGCGGACAAAAGAAAUACAGAUCGGAAAAAAAUAAAAUAAAAAUUUGAAACACGAUGAUGAAGGUAUUACAAGAAAACCCCUCCACAACAAACAGGAACGUCGAUCCUGGACACGAAGUAGACCACCAGGCCCAGGGUGCGGUGGAGGGAGGACAGUUACAACAACGAGCCAGUACACAGCACGAAUUCGAUACUAUCGCCAGAAAACGUCGAAAAUAAACUCGCUUCACUGGUGCAGGAAACUUGUCAUGCAGGAGAUGUAGCAGAGACAGAGAGGAGAGGUUUUAGUUUGUCUUGCGAGUUCGACACUCGAGAAUGAUCUGGAAGUGGAAGAUCUCUAUCAAUAUGCAACUUUAUGUUUUUCUUUUAUGAACAUGUGGAUUUGAAUUCAUGAUGCAAAGAAACCGCCCUGAUGGUGCAAGGAAAGGGUGUACAGUGAUGAAGCAAUUCAAGAUUUUUCGUACCAUAUUGAAGGAUGAAGAUCUCCGUGACGAGAAGAAAAACCGCAAGACCGGCGGGGCAAAAGAGAAGAAGAAAAAGAGCAAAUGGUAAACAAGUAUCUAAACAUUUUGAUUUGCAUGGUGAUGCGGUGCGGCAUUUUUACUAAGUAGGAACAAUUCCCGUGCUUUAGCUUUUGAGCUAGCAUGUCAAAAAUCUAUUCGAAGUCGAACUGCAUCAGUCGCAGCUUACUCCGACCGAUUUUUCUGAAUGAGAGGAAGAAAAAUGACUCCGCUAAAAAACCGAAAUCAUAUCCAUAUGCAAACCAUAAUCGAAACAGCGCCGCUAGUACGACUGCUCGUCCGGGGCCGGACGAGGCCGAACGGCUUGAGCAAGACGAAUAUGAACUGCAAAAGUAUCGUACUCGUAUUAUUGCAGUCAUGCAUUGCAAUUUUUUUUCCGAAGGUAAAUCCGCAUGACACUAAUGCUGUGGAAAUUUGUAAUGCGUUUAUACGAGUACGAUAUUUUUGCAGUUCAUAACCAGGAACAAGAUGAAGCAGUAGCAGGACAAGGAACGACAGAGGAAGCUGUACUUGUUGAUAAUGAUACCACCAGCGCGGAGGUAAUGAUACAACCGGUCCUCGAGAGGACCACAUCAUCAGAAGUAGGAGAUGUUGAACCUCCGGAGAAAAAAAAGAGAAAGAAGAAAAAGAACAAAAAUCCAGUUGCCGAAACGACCACUGAUGAACAUGAUCAAACGCCGGGGGUUGAGGAAGUAGGUCGCGCGCACGAUCCUGUACACCAAGAAGUAGUAGUUGACGAUCAACAAGCCGGAGGACAACGACAAGACGAAUCCAUAUCUGCUCCAAACGUGGUCAACACCGCGACUGGCACGACAAACAAGAAACGAAAACGGCGGAACAAAUCUACCGCUGUUGAUGUGCAGGAAGACGUGGAACUCCCGGGAGGGGAAGCUGCAGCAGCAACCACGGGAAGUGGAGCGGAAAACGAAGGCACGAGGAGUAAAUCGACGCUGCUUGCUAAAAGAACUUCGUUUCUAUCCCUUGCUGGUGAAGAUCUUACAACAAUUUUCUAGCUUCGAGCACGAGCUUUACGAAGCUGUUUGCCCAUGAAUUGUUCGUUUAUAGAUUCGUUGAUCAUGCUUCGUUUUCUAUCACUGCUUUUCGUUUUCCUUCCAACAGGUAUUGACAAUCCGAAUCCUGUCGAACCAAACUCCGAGAAUGCGGGCUCGGCUUUGGGAGGUGGAACGCACGAAACCACCGUGACUGCAGCAGGGAAAAAGAAGAAAAAAAAGAGCAGUAAAGGGCCGAAAGGUAAAAUUCUCUUUGAUCACAUUCUUUAUAGUGGCAGCGUGAGCGUCCAGUUCACCUUGCGUAUGCAUGUUGCACCUGACAAUAAAAACGACCAAACCCAGAUGACCCCAGUGCCAGUAUGAUUCCGGCAGACGAGCGUGAAGACCAGGACCUAGUACCACGGAUUGACCACGGCCACGACCUUCAGGAUAGAGAACCUGACGCGGACGUUGCCGCUUCGAAGCCCAAGAAGAAGCGCAAGAAGAAUCAGUGAGACAUGAGCUGCCAGCUCCUCGUCCUGGUCAGGAUGAGCUCCUCGAAGAUCGUGCUGAAGAUGAUCCAGAAGUUACCACAGCGAAGCCGAAGAAGAAGCGCAAGAAAAAUCAGUGAGAGCAGAGGAAAAUAAACUGAUUUAAUAUAGUCUAUCUAUGAUCUUCGUUUAGUCAUGUUGCAAAAGAACCUUCGGUCAAAUAAAGGCUCCUCGACAGGCAAGGUGAUUCAUUUUCAUUCUCUCAAGUGUCGAUAUGAUGCUUCCAGGUGGGUAGACUAUUCAAAUCUACAAAGGACGAGAUCAUAUUGACACCAGAAGAGGCUGCAAACUACAUUACGACCCGCAAUUUUAUAUUGUGCUAUCAAUCGUAACAAGGACGUCGUGCGACUGUGACUGUGCAUCAUAAUCCAGUAUUUAUUUCUCUUGCGAACCUAUAUAUUGCCAACUAUAGUACUGGGAAACAAGAGACAACCGAUUCUACUGUUCUUUCGUCUUUGGUCCACAUGCCAACUUUUUGUUCGACGAAAGGAAAGUUCGUUUAUCAAUACCAGUAGUGCAGUGCAGAGAAACUACGGUGUUGGUCGUGGUGUCAAGUUAUUCCGAUUUCGAUUUAUUUCGUACUUGCGUGCAGUGGG